CGUAAGAGACUUCAAGGAGGGUCUGCAUUCUGUUCGGUUAUUCUUAAAUGGUACUAUAUCGCGUCGUUAGCGAGUAUGGGGAGUCAUUUUUCCCAAGACCUUUUCAAAAGGCUUUUAUCUUGGGCCGAAAUUCUAAUUGUUUCGCAUUAUAACGCGCUCCCUAAGAGGAUCUUAAUUGCGUUAUAUUACUCUACCGGAAACGCUGUUUUCCUAUUUCUGCCGUUUAUGCAACUCGUUAUGAAUUUUCAUGAAGAGACCAUGAAAACUCUUGCUGUUUUCAUCGCGGUAGUAACUCUUUUCUGGAAAUAUUCCAGCAUCGCUCUCAAUAUUCGCAAAUUAUCCGACCUCGCAAAUCUAAUUCAUAAACUGGAUCUAGAAGUCCAACAACCUGAGUUGAAAGACUACUUGUGCAAACGAAUCCGUUUCGGGAGCCAAUUGUGUCGCGCUUACGUUGUUGUUAGCAUUAGUACCUGUUUGGCGGCUAUCUUUUCUGCACUUCUCACCGGAAAACUCCUUUUCCCGAUGUGGAUCCCGUUUGAUUGGCAAAACUCGCGACUUAUUUAUUGGACAGUACUCUGCUGUGCGUUGCUCUCAUAUGCAUGUAUAGCAUUUGAGGAUUUGUUGGGUGAUUUAGUGCGGAUUAUCUACAUUUUAAUAAUACCCGGUCAUCUGUAUGUCCUUGGAGAGAGAGUUUCAAGAAUCGGUUACGACCAGUUUAAAAGCAACAGGGAAAACUACGAGGAAUUAAUUGGAUGCGUUCGCACACACCAGAUGAUUAUAAGCAUUAUCGCAAACUUUAACCAAAUCAUGUCCAAGACAUUCAUGGUAGUACUAAUCGCAUUCCAGAUGGCCAUUUGCACAAGCCUUUACCACAUCCUGUUUUGGGAUGAUGAUUUCUUUGUAAAAUGUUGUUUCGCAGGAUUUGCUACAUCCCUAUUUCUGGUGAACAGCCUUCAGUGUUACUUUGGGAGUGAAUUUGAAUAUUUGAGCGAGCGGUUUAUGACCGCCGUUUAUUCUUGUAAUUGGAGUGAUCAGGACCAGAAAUUCAAGCUCGUUUUGCUGGGAAUGCUAAUUCGGUCCAGUCGUAAUCUUCGAAUUUUAGCUGGAGGAAUCAUUCCAGUUUCGUUGCCGACAUUUUUAGUGGUGUUGAAAUCUUCGUAUUCUCUGUUUGCCGUGCUACAUCAGCUCAAUAAUUGAAUAACUAUUUUCAGAAGAUCGAAGUUAUUGUCUCUUAAAACCAAUUAAAUAAAUUAAUUAUGGGACUCAAAUUAUUUCGACAACCAAGAGGAUCUAAAGUUUUAAAUCAUUAUAAUCGGCUGAGCCCCAAAAACACGAAAAAUAUUAUAUGAUAAAUAUAUAAAUAUAAAAUUUUUUGAAUGUUAAUAAUCGCGAGACAUAACAUAAA